AUGUUCAGGCUCCUCAGCAAGCAAGCGUUCAAGCCUAUGGGCGUCCACCACUACCGUCUUCAAGUCCAUCAUCCACGCAGGGCGAUCAGCACUACUCCAAGAUGCAACACCGACGAUGAUAGUCAUCACAGCGAUGGUCACUCCACCAGCAGUGCAGAUGGUCCAGCCCACUCUACAGCUGGCUUUCAGCCCGGUGGUUCUACUCCGUUCGUUACCUGGGAUCGCUUUUCUCAACUGGAAAAGGAUGUCUCCACUACGAAACUGGAGAUCGGUCACCUCGGAGUGGGCCAGAGAGAGAUGAAAGCAGAGAUCAAAGACCUCGGCAACAGGAUGGAUGCGAAGUUCGAUAAGAUGGACACCAAGAUGGAUAAGAAAUACGACAAGAUGGACGGCAAGAUUGACCGUUUGUUGUACGCCAUUAUCGGUGGUUUUGCUACUUUUCUCUUGAAAGGCGGCCUCGACUCCUACUUGACCUGGAAGAAGCAGUAG